AUGUGGCAAUUUAUUCUUUUGGCCUUGGUGGUGCUUUUGGCUUCCAAGGAAGUCCGCACCAAGUUGGCUUUCUAUUCAACAAAGUACUACCGCAAAUACAUCAGUGUUUCGAACCCAGGAACACCAGCUCUGAGCAGAAAGGGCUCCUAUGCUUCGGAGAAGGAGCUUCCCAAACCAACUCCUUUGAUGAUAACUCCGGAGCAGGUUGAAAAUUAUGACGACAGACCCUGGAGACCGUUCAGAUGGCCUUAUCACCAGACCAUGUCGAUUUUCAAGCUAGACAUCAACCACUGGUUGGAUAUGGACAAGUACUACUGGCACUACAAUGAGGAGAAAAAGCGGGUUUUUAUGAAGUAUGGAAAGCAAAAUAUUGACUGGUUGCCCGAAUCGGAGGACGCUUGCAUUGAGCUUAUGGAGACUGUAACUCAGCAUAUGCUAGAAAGAUACCCAUUGCUUUUCACCGUGUUGAUAGAUAAGAAAAGCAAAGGCCGUGUGGUCAAAAACCAACUCACUCACGAGAUUUUGGACAUGACGCUUCCUUUGAAAGACCACCCGUUGGUGUAUGUUCUGAAAAUGGCAAAAGAGGAUUUCUACGUUGUGAAGUACUAUCCAGAAGAAGACCAGCACCGUCUUGUGGCUGCUGCCGUGCCAUUCCCAGGCGGCUCUUUUGACAUUUCAACGAAAAUCGGCAAGCAUCUUGACGCCAUUCACGAGGAUGUGCCUUACUACAAGGAAAAGCUUAAGAACUCUAUGGAAAAAUGGUUCAAGCGUCUUUCGCCAAACGACCCCGUGGAAAGAGCAUCCUGGUACAUGAGCUGGGACCACAAGCUUAAAAUGAGCAAUGUGUACCAGCUUCCUGAGUUUGCGCCUGAUUUGGAAGAAAGCAUGAAACUGACCGAACCAGGCUCUUUCAAUGUCAGGGUGGAAAGACAGACUUUAAGAAGAUUACCAAAAUCGCAGGCGAUCAUCUUCACCAAUCACCCUGUCUACUACUCGCUUGACGAGAUGAAGGACGAGCCCAUGGUGCCUUCUCUUAUCCGGAAGAUUUUGUAUGAGGGUCCUGGUGACAUUGUCAAGUACAAGAACUUUGAGCUUUUCAGAGACCACAUUUCGCCGUAUUUGGAUGAACUCAUUGAGAGGCAAAUUGAAAAGGGUCUAAUCGCUGCCGAUCAGCCCGUGAAAACGCUUCCAACUUAUCCUUUUGCAGCAUGGGCGAAAACCGAUUUUGACCAUGUUAACGGCUGGAACAAUCCCAAGUUUGACGGACAAAAACCAAACUACAGUGCCGAGGCGAAAAAGGAGAUUGUGUAUAACAACGACUAG